UUUGUCACAUUUAGCCUAAAUGCCAGAAAUUGUAUUAUGCUAUCUAGAUUCAUGGGGCUCAUGCAAACUUCAGUGUGGAGUCUACCCCCUCUUGUGAUUGGCUGCCGCCUGUUGCCUGUUGGAUAAAAAGCGCAGCAGAGAAGAGGGCAGAGAGAUAAAGAAGGAGAAUCACAGAGCUGAUUGCAUCAGGGACUGGCUUUUAUUUUGAGGGAGUGGAAGACAAAAAGUGAAAUCUCACCGCCAUGACAGGGAAGGAGGGAGUUGUGCUCUCAGACACUGUGAAUAGACAGAAAUCAGCCUCACAAACCAGCUUGAACCACGGGGGAUCCCAGCAGCCAGUCUGGAAGAUGGCUCCCACGGUGCACCGGCGCACCGGCUUUGGGAUCCAGGAGCUGCUCGGCCUCAACAAGGAGCCGCCGGCGGCACCGAGGCGGCCGCUGGAGGCUCUGCCGCAUAGUGCGCACGUCCUGGCCGCCAGGUCGGCCCUCGGACACGGGGGUCUCGGGGUCGGUGUGGGUUUGCUGGGACCAGAGGGAAUACACUCGUUUUACAGCCAGCCUGCUUUUCUGGAGGUGCUGGCAGAGGCGCAGAAUGUGCACCUGCAUCCGCUGCACAGAGCGGCGCACAUGGACCCACAGAUGGAGGCGCAGCACUCCGCCAGCUCCGAUUCUGAUGACAUGAGUCUCUCCUCCGGUGAUCAGAAGUUCUCUAAAUCAUCAAUGAGUCAGAGCAAGAAACGAAAGAAAAGACGACACAGAACCAUUUUCACUUCCUAUCAGCUGGAGGAGCUGGAGAAAGCUUUUAAUGAAGCCCACUAUCCAGAUGUUUACGCCAGAGAAAUGCUCUCCAUGAAGACUGAGCUACCAGAAGACAGAAUACAGGUGUGGUUUCAGAACCGCAGGGCCAAGUGGAGGAAAAGGGAGAAGUGUUGGGGUCGCAGCAGCGUGAUGGCAGAGUACGGCCUCUACGGAGCUAUGGUCCGUCACUCCAUCCCCCUGCCCGAGUCCAUCCUCAAGUCAGCCAAGGAGGGCGUCACAGACUCCUACGCUCCGUGGUUAUUAGGUAUGCACAAGAAGUCAGUUGAUACCACACACACCUCCUCUGGAAAACCCUGCAGCCUCACACCACCACCACCAACAACAACACAGGAGAAACCAGUGGACAAAGUGAUGCAGGAACAGAUGGAGAAACGGAUCAAAGACACUACUAACGCAUCCAUUUCUAAAGAGGAACUGAGGGAGAACAGUAUUGCUGCGCUGCGAGCUAAGGCGCAGGAACACAGCGCUAAGGUGCUGGGGACAGUUUCCGACAAAACAAACGACCACGUAACCCAUAAAGAGGAAGCUGAGGACAAUGUGAUGGAGCAGGGGACAGCAGAAGUGGAGAAGAGUGACUGAAAGAAGCUGCAGAAUACAGACUGAUGGUGAAAAUACCGGCAGAGUGGAGUUUUCAGAAUUCAGAGGCAGAUGUUUCAUUGGUUGAGUUGAACCUCGGUGCACGUGGAGUCUGAACUGUUGAUCAAACCCACAGAUCAAAUAUCAUAGUCAUAGAUAAGUGAAUGAGACAUUAUUUUCUUUACCCACUUGAGCUUACCUGUCAAGGUAACUGAAGGUUCUUUGGCUCCAACGAUUGUGAUGUAUUAACUAAACCAAUGAGAUUAUUUCUUCCUCACUGAAAUAUUUGUACAGCAAACUACACAACACCUUUUCAUGUCGCCUUCUGUAGGAGAAUGAAGAAGGCUUAAACAUUGAAAUGUUUUCGUAACAUUUACUGCAGAUGUUCUGAU